GUCGAAGAAAAAGCAGAGAGAGAGAAACAAGAGAGUAAAAAACGUAGGAAAUGGCGAAGACAGAAGAGAGAGGGAGAAGUUCCUCUUGUUAUCACUACAACUUUCUCUCAUUCAACUGUUUUUUUCUCUAGAUCUGUAAAUACAAUACAAUUACACAACUUGCUGUAAAGUCUUUUUUUUUUUUUUUUUUUUUAAACAUAUUCAAGAAUAUAUAUUUAUAUUUGAUGAAGUUGCUGCUGCUGCUGCUGCUGCUGGUCUUGCUUUUUUCUUCUUCAUAUUACUGUUAACCGUUGGAUUUCAGAAAUAAAAGCAUUUUCUGUGUGUUGGAGCCAUUGGAACAUAGAAGGGAUCCAUUCCUUAUCAUCUCCCAAUCGCUUUGUCAGUACCGGAACUAUAAUCAUGAACGUUAGUCCUUUGAAUGUUGAAACUGAAGAUGCUUUUGCCAGUUUGCUUGAACUUGCAGCCAACAAUGAUAUAGAGGGCUUUAAAAGAUUGGUUGAUCGCGAGCCACUCUGUAUCAAUGAGGUUGGAUUCUGGUAUGGACGUCAAAAGGGCUCGAAACAAAUGGUUUUUCAUCAAAGAACUCCUUUGAUGGUGGCUGCGACUUAUGGUAGCCUUGAUGUACUGAAACUGAUUAUCUCUUCACCUGAAGUAGACGUGAAUCAAUCAUCUGGAGUUGACAAGUGCACUGCUCUUCACUGUGCCGCAUCUGGUGGAUCAGUUGACGGCGUUGAUGUUGUGAAACUACUUUUGGCAGCUGGUGCGAAUCCUAAUCUUGCGGAUGCAAAUGGUUGUUGUCCCUUUGAUGUUAUUAACGUCCCUCCAAAGUUUCAAGAAAUGAGAAUUUCCCUUGAAACGAUUCUCAGAAACGACGCCACAUUUGAAGAACUCAAUCUGAGAGCGUCAGCAACUGUUCCAAAUUCAGACUCUCCACCUCUUUCACCAUCUCCUCAUAUUGGAUCCCCGUCAUCUCCUUCGGAGUUGGUGGCUUGUCCUAAUAGCGCAAAGUUUGCAUCAGAGAAGAAAGAGUACCCCAGUGAUCCAUCUUUGCCCGACAUCAAGAAUAGCAUCUAUGCUACAGAUGAGUUCAGAAUGUUUUCAUUUAAGGUCAGGCCUUGCUCUCGUGCCUACUCACAUGAUUGGACUGAGUGCCCAUUUGUUCACCCGGGCGAAAAUGCUCGAAGAAGGGAUCCAAGGAAAUACCACUACAGCUGUGUACCUUGUCCUGAUUUUCGCAAGGGGGCUUGCAGAAGAGGGGACAUGUGUGAAUAUGCUCACGGGGUCUUUGAGUGCUGGCUUCACCCGGCUCAAUAUCGGACUCGUCUUUGUAAAGAUGGUACAAGUUGCAACCGCAGAGUCUGUUUCUUUGCCCACACGCAAGAGGAACUCCGACCCUUGUAUGUCUCAACAGGUUCAGCUGUUCUUUCUCCUCGCUCAACUUCCUCUGCUGCUAAUGCCAUGGAUUUCGCUGCAGCAAUGAGCCUUUUACCAGGUUCUCCUUCAUCUCCAUUUGCUCCACCUAUGUCACCUUCUACAGAUGGCAUGUCCAAUAUGGGUUGGUCCCCACAGAAUGUUCCGUCACUGCAUUUACCUGGAAGCAACCUCCAGUCCAGUCGCUUGCGAACAUCACUGAAUGCUAGAGAUUUCCCCCCUGAAGACUUGAGUUUGUUGCAAGAUUUUGAUGUCCAACAGCAGCAGUUCUUGAAUGAACUAUCCCGCUUGUCUCAACCAAGUGCUAAUGCCAAUUCAUUGAACCAUUCUGCUCGUUCCAAAACCCUAAUCCCUUCGAAUCUUGAGGAUGCUUUUUCUGUGGAUAACUCGUCUCCCCGAUAUACAGAUCCAUCUGUUUUCUCCCCAACACAUAAAUCAGCACUUCUUAAUCAAUUCCAGCAGCAGCAACAGAACAUCCAAUCUCCAGUCGACCCUCCUUUUUCACCAAGAAACAUAGAUCAUGCCCUAUUGCAAACAUCUUUUGGUGUUCCGUCUUCAGGGAGGAUGUCGCCACGCAGUAUGGAGCAUAUGUCAUCAAUGAAUUCUCGGGUUUCAAUGUUGGCCCAAUGUGAGAAGCAUCAAAAACAGUUUCGAAGUCUCAGCUCACGUGAUCUUGGCUCCAAUGCUGUGGCUGCUGUUGCCUCUUCCGAAGAUGCAUGGUCAAGCUGGGGAUCCUCUACUGGGAAGCCCGACUGGGCGGUCAAUGCUGAUGAGUUUGGUAAGCUAAAGAGAUCAUCAUCAUUCGAAACUCUGAACGGUGCUGAGGAGCCUGAUACAUCAUGGGUUCAGUCACUUGUUAAAGAAUCUCCACAGGAAACAAAGGAAAAAUCUGCAUCUCGUGUCCUUUGCACAGCUGGUUUGGUUACAUCUAGUAGCGAGAAUGCAAAUUUGGAUUCACAGAUUGAACAUAUUGAUCAAUCUACUGCUUUGGGUGCAUUGCUUGAGCAGAUGAAGCUUGAUCAGCUGAUGGCUCAGUAAAAUCAAAAUUACUUUUACCAAGCCUUUUGGUAGGUUCAGAUUCCAAAAACAUAAGGUUUCGGUGAACAAGAUCGGCAUUUAGUUUUUGGAUUUUUUUUCAGUAACAGGCAUCGGAAAGGAGGCAACUUGGCUCGGUAAGAAGUAGAAGGGAUGGUCCAAAAGUUUUGAAGAAAACACUAAUCUUUUACUGUCUUGGUUUACUAGUUAAACCUAGGCAAUAGAAAUGGCCGGUUUACUGGGUUAACUAUUGCCCAGUGUAGGCAAUUAUAACUGCGUUCACUUAUAUUUUUACUAAUUUUAGGUCUAUAUUCCUUAUUGUUUCGCUUGUUGGAUUAGCAUAAUCAUUCAAUGCUAUCAAAACACUUCUUAUUAAUAGAGUUUUGUAAUACAUGUCAAUUUGGUGCUUCCAUAUUGUUAGUAGGAAGAUAGUAGUAGACAAUAAUGCUAUACUUGGUUGAAAUAUUUUCAUUUCUUGGAUAAGAUGAUAUUGAUUUUGGUA